AUGCUGGAAAGGACGGCAAUGAGCUCGCUGAGAGCGAGCUUCAGCCGACAAGUCAACUUGAGUCGGCAAUUCUCGACUCGACGACCCUCACCGUUCCUCCAUCUACAACCACGACGGACACCACAGACCAACUCCCGCCGAUACGAGUCCACAACUGCCACAGUCACUCGUGCAACGACCUCUGCCGGAUCAUCUGUGAUCGCGUACAUCUAUGGAGCUGGUCUUGUGCUGGUAUUGUCCUUUGGCUACCUAUACGUCACCGACACUCGCGCCUCCAUUCAUCAAUGGCUCGUAGUACCCACUCUACGACUGAUCCACUCCGAUCCUGAGGAAGCCCACCACUCUGGCAUUCGAUACGUAAAAGCUUUGUAUGAUUUCGGUCUCCAUCCCCGCGAGCGCGGUAACGAUGACCAGAAGCUGGGUGAUCUCAAGGUGGAAGUCUUUGGACAUGUACUGGACAAUCCCAUUGGCACCUCAGCCGGCAUUGAUAAGAAUGCCGAGAUUCCAGACGCGCUCAUGGCAUUGGGACCAGCCAUAGUCGAAGUUGGAGGUGCUACGCCUCUGCCACAGCCCGGCAACCCGAAGCCGAKAGUCUUCCGCAUUCCCAGUCAAAAUGCACUCAUCAACCGUUAUGGGUUGAACUCGGAAGGAGCAGAGCAUGUCGCAAUGCAGCUACGGGAGCGUGUGCGGUCUUUCGCCUAUUCCCACGGGCUUGGUCUGGGAGCCGAGGCGGAGCGCAUCGUUCUCGAUGGCGAGGCGCAGGUCCCACCCGGAAGCAUGGUACCAGGAAAGCUUCUCGCCGUGCAAGUUGCAAAGAACAAGACUACACCUGAUGGAGAUAUUGCUGCAAUUGCCAAGGACUACACCUUUUGUGUGGAGCACUUGGCCAAGUACGCAGACAUUCUUGUCGUAAAUGUCUCCUCGCCCAACACACCCGGACUGAGAGAUUUGCAAGCCACCGGACCCCUCACCACUAUCCUCACGGCUGUGGUCAAUACUGCAAAGUCAAUCGACCGAAAGACGAAGCCGGCAGUCAUGGUCAAGGUGUCUCCGGACGAAGACAGUGAUGCCCAGAUCGAGGGUAUUUGCGCGGCAGUUUGGGCCAGUGGCGUGGAUGGUGUGAUCGUGGGUAACACCACAAACAAGCGGCCUGAUACCAUACCGAAGGGAUAUGUUCUUCCGGAGAAAGACACGAAGAUUCUACAAAAUGAGAUUGGUGGCUACUCUGGACCACAAAUGUUUGAGCGCACCCUCAGCCUUGUGAAGAGAUAUCGGUCCAAGCUUGACAACGGCCCUCCAGAAGAGCCCGCAGAAGCGCCAUCAAAACAGAAAUUGCCUAGUCCUAUUCCCACUGAGGACCAUCUUUCGGAUGCGAGUAUAGAGCGGGACAUGCAGCGUCUAAAGCCGGAGGAUACCAAGGAGGAUUUGCAGCCGCUCAUCCAGAUCCCUGACAGGCACAAGACUUCUACAGAACAGCAAGCAUCACAAGAUGGUGCUCCAAUAUCCAAAACUCAGAGCUCUAGAUCCUCGGCGUCAAAGGUUCUGUUUGCUACCGGAGGCAUCACCAACGGCGAGCAGUGUCUGCAGAUUCUGAACGCAGGCGCAAGUGUAUGCCAAGUGUACACUGCGAUGAUGUAUGGUGGUGUAGGAACCAUCACGAGGAUGAAGGGAGAGAUGCGAGCGGCUAUCAAAGGUCAGAAUGGUGACAAGCCCUUGUAA